AUGCAUGUUAAAAGUAAACUUCAGGACUGGAGCAGGCAGUCGUUUGGAGAUAUCUUCCAAGCAGUGAAAGAUACUGAAGAGAAUUUACGGCAACGACAGGAAGAGUUUGACGCGGCCCGUGAUGACUUAUCCAGGAUGAAGCUCGAGGAGGCUCGGGCAAAAUAUGCACAUGCACUAGGCGUCGAAUGUGAUUAUUGUAAGCAAAAAUCGGCAAUUAAAUGGAUUCAGGAAAGAGAUGUCAAUACCAAAUUCUUCCACUCGUUCGUUAAGCGGCGGCGGAGUGUCAAUUUUAUAUUGAGGAUUAAGGAUGAUGCGGGUCAUUGGCUUGAAGAUGAGGAGGAGGUCAAAGCGUCAGUAGAGCAGUUCUUUGCAAAGUUGUUUAUGGCAGAACGGGAGGGCCGGGCUGCUCCAUGCUUUGACUUCUCGCUCCCCUCAUUGACUAAUGAGGACAAUAUGAAGCUCCAACAGCUGCCAUCCCUACAGGAAUUGAAAGAGGUGGUUUUCUCGAUGUCUAAAGAUAGUUCUCCAGGACCAGACUGCUUUGGGGCGGGCCUUGUCCCAGGCAGGAGUAUUACUGACAACAUUCUCGUAGCACAGGAACUGGCAAUGGAUAUUGAUAGGAAGUUGCAAUGCCCGAACUUGAUGUUGAAGUUGGACAUGGAGAAGGUGUAUGACAGAGUAGAAUGA